AAGAGACCAUGGGCUGAUCUGAGUCCGGAUCUGCUCAACCUGAUCUACGCCAAGCUCCCUCCAGGCUACGGCGGUGACGUCGAGUUCCGAUCCGUUUGCAAGAACUGGCGCCGGAUCGACCCCGAUGGCUCUGUCUCUGCCUCGAAACCCUCCCACCUAGAAGUACCGAUUCCUCGUUGUUAUCAUCCCCUCCAGAUCCCCGACGGGGCUCCGGAGAGAUCGACCAUCAACGGCGCGCUGGUCAUCCACAUGUGGGCGAGCGGGUGGUGCCUCUUGGGACGCCGGGAAGACCAGAUCUUCGGCUGCUACAAUCCCCUGUUCCGCUGGCCGACCAGCUUCGUCCGACUCCCCGAAUGCACACUCAACGACACGAUGGUAGCGGCGGCGAUCUCGGCCCCACCAACCGCCAGAGACUGGACGAUCCUCCUCGUGGAGGGCGCCGGAAGUUUCAGGACGCUGCGCCGCGGCCAGCGGCGGUGGCGGGAGUACACUUACUCGCCCGAUUGGAAUCGGUUCUGCCACGGGAUCGGGUACAGAGACCGGAUGUUCUUCUGCCUGUUCCACACGGGAGAGGUCCUGAUGUUCGCAAUCGACGGCGGCUGCUGCAGCAGGAGGAGGAUGCUGCUGCCUUAUCGUGAGGAGGGGUUCGUGUUUCACCGUGUCGUCGUUGCGGCGACGUUUUGGUGCGGAGAGAAAUCGAUCGUGCUGACGUGGGCGCAACGAGGAGAUGAGUGGCUUCUCCAGCUGGCCGGGGUGGAGAGGCGUACUGGGAGAGUAAGGUAUGCGUGGGAGAUCGGCGAUGAAUUGUUAUUACAGGAAGGGAGUGUGACGGCCGCAAAGGUAGUGUACGCCUGGGAGGAGAUAGGAAUGAUCGUCCGCAAAGAUUCUUCUCUUAUGGCUCUGCCUAAAUUGUUGUGUUUUUGUUCCAGCUUGGACAAGAGAACGUCGGAAUCAAAUGGCUCAAAUGAGAUUAACCAGAUGUCAAAACUAUAUUCUCUUAAGGAAGAGUUGAAAGUGAAUCAGUUAGCGUUGAAGAAUGAUAUGGAGCAAAACGUAAGCGAGUUGAAGAGAUCGCUAGAUUCUUUAACUGACUGGUUGGUGGAGAAGUUUGCUACCAUCAGACCUGGUGAUCCCUGCGAAAGUGGUAUGAAGCACAACAAAGACACGGGAGUGGAGGUUAUUAACAUCAGCACGUAUAGCUCAUGCUCCUUGUCAAGAACCACUGCACCCAAGAUGUCAGACAAAGCUGCAAGGAAAAGGAAAAAGGGAAAGGUUGGCGUGAAGCCGCCUUGUCAAAGUGAGAAGUCCCAUUUUGACAAGGAGAUAUAAUGAAAUGAGAAAUAAAAAAAUGUAUUCCAUUGGGCCCUUUACAACUUCCUCUCGUGCAUGCCCAAUGGAUCUGAUUUUGAUAACCCAUGUGUUUGACCAGUCACAAGAUGAGUGUGAGGAGCUUGUAAGAUCUCCAUGGUUUAAUCUGAAUCGGGCACAAUUUAAGGGAUUAGCACCAGAUUUAAUGUUGUCUUCUCAGGUUAUUACCAUGUGUGUGGACUUCUUAACUCUAGAAGAGUUUCGUAAGGAAAAACGUGUGCGAUGGUUCUUACCACCGGCCUUUUCUAUGUCUGUGCGUGGAUAUUCUGAGGAGAAUAUUAGACGCGUGUACUGUUCAGAAGAUUUCAACGACUGUGAGAAGAUUAUUGUUCCCAUUCUGCUGGAAAAUCACUUUUUUGUCAGCGUAUUUGACCUUAAGAAGGAGGUCAAACAAAUAUGGGAUUCAUAUCCGAACUUUCUCGAUCCGGGCAGGAGGGAAGAAAAACUAUCACAAGUAGCGAAAGCACUAGACUCCCUGGUUAUGGUCAAGAUUAUUAAAAAGUUGGAGGUCAACUUGCUGGAAUCUUUCACUACUGAAAUAGUGGUUAACGCUCCACGACAGAAGAAUGGGGUUGACUAUGGUCUUUUCGUGGCGAAGUUGAUGAGAAACAGUGGGUGCUUAGAUGAUUGUGCACGUAAAAUGAAGAAGCAGUUUGAGAGUCAAGAUGAGAGGCUUGAUCUAGCAUUGUAUUUGCUGAAUAACAAGGAGAAUGAGAUUAAAGAUGUGCUUCACCGGAAAGUUGUAAUGGAAAGUGGUGAAAGAAUUGAUGAAGUUGAGGGUACUGCUGAGAGGAGCGAAACACCCAAAAAAGAUGGGAAUUUUACUACUUAUAAGCUGUAGUUGGUUUUCCUUGUUCAACAAUUAUAGACUCUUUAGAAGAAUAAACAUGGCUAGGCUAUUGCGUUGAACUUUUUUUUAAUAAUCCUGAUACUGUUUAGUUGUGGGAACGUUGUGGGUUUGAAUAUGGGGUACCUCGAUUUGUUUUAAUUAUUUA